AUGGAAAACACAAUAGAUGACUUACACGUACACGUGCCAUUAUUCGAUAAGAUAGUAGAAUCUACGCGAUUGGCUAACAUGGAUGGUACGUGGCCCGGGAUGACCACGCUACUUACCAAAAACGGUGGGGCUGUAUAUCUGAUUCUGCUUGGUGCUCUACUUGGUGUACAGUUGUGGCAGAGCUACAUAGGGGCCGUGGUGACAUACAAGACAUUGCCCAAAAACACUUUCGGUAGACUGCAAGCCAAAUUAGUACCUGCAUACACUAUCGUUGCAAGUACACUUGCUAGUGCUUUGCUUGGUAGGUGGAUCGUACACCGCGCCCACGCGCUCGAUUUCGGCAGUCUGUGCGAGGUCGUUAGGGGAUUGGAGUACGCGGGUGUUUACUCAGCUAUCCACACCAUCCACACGGAUGCUUUCAACACUAUCCUCCUCGCUGCUGUCGGUUUGGCUCACUUUGUCAACUUGGCGGUACUCGCUCCGGCUACAACUGACUUCAUGUUCGCCCGUCAUCGAUUGGAAGCAGACGAAGCAAGCCAAGAAAAGAAAACAGAUGUUUCGCCUGAAAUGCACAAGCUAAACAUGAAAUUUAACAUAUUACAUUCUCUCAGUAGUUUCGUGGACCUGAGUGCAUUGGCUGCUACACUCUUGCACGCUCUGUUUGUGGGAUACAUCGGAACAAACAAUCUGUGA